AUGGGUAAAGGAAGCAAUGCUUGUAAAAGAAAUCAAGCAAGAGAGAGAAAAAAUGUUGAAGUGAAAGGAGGAAAAUCUCAAUUAAAAGCAAACAAAGAAGCACUUAACGUAACUUGCAAAGUUUGUUAUACUGUAUUUAUGAAAACACAAAGUAUUGCACAGUUAGCUGAACAUGCCGAAAAUAAACAUAAUAAAGAUGUUAAAGAAUGUUUUCCACAGAAAUUUGAAGACUUAUAA